CUCACCGAAAGGUAGCGGUGUUUCACCUCUGUCUUGUUCCACACUCCACGUCGCAGAAGAAGAAGAAAAACAACAACAAAGAACUAUAACAAGUUUGAGUUUGCGGCUUUUCCAGAAUGAAGAGGCUGCUCCCUGAGUCAGAUUACCCUGAAAACGGUAAAAGAAGGUUCUCGAAAUCUGAGCUUGAGGCGGUGAUGGAACGGGAAAUCCAAAAGGCGGUGCAUUCUAACAACUCCAGGCUUCAGAUAUUAACAGAAACUAUUCAACAACUUCAACAUGAAAUUGAUUACGGGAGCACCAUGCAAAAACUUGAGGCACGCAUUGAGACUAUUAAAAGGAGAGCAAAAGCAGCUCUUGCCGCGGCGGAAACAAAGAAAAAGCGCUCUGUGAAGGAUUCUGAAAUCAUCAACAUAGACUCUGACGAUAACAGCAUGCCAGAAACAAUAGAUAAAAGAAAGAAAAAGACAAACUAUCUCAUUGAAAUCAUGGAAUCCACCACAUCUUCUUUAAAGAGAAUACAAGCAGGAAAUACUGCAGUGAUGAGCGCAUUAGAAAACCUGUGUAAGGCUGCGUCUCCUCCUCCUCAGCGCCAGAUGCCGGAAGAGCAUCCUUCGCAGCCCAACAUCAGCGGCGUCCAACAAGCUCCCGCACAGCAGGACGAGCCUCCGUACCCUCCCCUGCCUUUGAACGCUUUCCCCUCCGUGCUGAACAUGGAGGCGGCAUCCUACAACAUCCCUGAGAAGGUCAAGGUCCACUUGGCGCUCAUCAAGCACCCUGCCACCCUGUCAGUGAUGUGGAACCUUGACGAGGAGGACGCCUCUCCGCCACCCAUGGAGAGCUACAGUAUCUUCAUAACGUCGGAAAAGGUCAAAGGAAGCCAAGUCUUCCCGGCGUGGAAAAAGUUGGGCACGGUGGUUGCUAAAAGUCUGCCCAUGUGUGUUGCCAUCACAAAGUACAGGUCCGGGCACCGGCUGUGUGUUGCUGUGGUGGGCAAAGACAUUUACGGCCGCUACGGACCCUACAGUGACGUGGUUUCUCAUGUCAUACCGGAAUAAAACCCCAAGUGCUUGUUGAAUUAAAGGAAGUUUUUACUGUGUGUAAUGUUUCCCUUGGAACAGUAUUUGUAAUUAAAACAGAAUGUGUUUGUUUUGUAUGUUAAUAUAAUGUUGUCCAGGGGUGGAGGUUAAUUUCUGGCUUCGUUACAGACACUGAAUUUAUGGAACUGAAUUUUUGCCUUUAGAUUUUGUGAACUGAUUUUUUAAAUUUUUUUACAUGAGAUUUUGCUGACAAUAAGAAUUCAGUGAAUUAAAAUUCAGAGCAUACACAUUUGGUGUAAAAAAAUUCAGUGCAGAAAUCUCAAAAAAACUCAAGACCCACUUCCGGUAAUUUAGGAAGGACGCAAAUCUGAAACUGGAUCCAUGGAGGUAAGUCUUGAGUCUUGAAGCAACUAAUAUUUCUGCAGUGUAUUUUUUCACACAAAAUUUUUUAUACACUAUUUUCUUUUACGCUGACUUUUUACAGAAUUCAUUUUAAAACACUGUAUUUUAUAAUAAGGAGGCACUUGAAGAAAAAUGGGCUGCAUGGUCGAGUCGCCAGAAGAAAGCCAUUUCUGCGCAAAUUACACAAAGUAUCCCGCUUACAUUACGCCAAACAGCACAGAGACAAGCCUCAAAACUUCUGGAACAAAGUAAUUUGGAGUGAUGAGACCAAAAUUGAACUUUUUGGCGACUCGACCAUGCAGCCCAUUUUUCUUCAAGUGCCUCCUUAUUGUGCAUCUUGAAACAGCCACACCACAAUUUUUCAGAGAGUCCUGCAUUUCAGCCGAAGUUAUUUGUGGAUUUUUCUUUGCAUCUCGAACAAUUUUCCUGGCAGUAGUGGCUGAAAUCUUUGCUGGUCUACCUGAAUCCCUCAUUUUCUACUUCUUAAUCAGCAUUUGAACACUGCUGAUUGGCAUUCUCAAUUCUUUGGAUAUCUUUUUAUAACCCUUUUCUGUUUAUGCAGUUCAAUUACCUUUUCUCGCAGAUCAAACCUGUUUGUGUCAACUUUUGUGCAUGUUAUCAGAUCAAAGUCACUAGGGUAUGUAAACUUUUGAUCAGGGUCAUUUGGGUACUUUCUUUAGUCAUUUUGAUUUACAAAGAGUAAACACAGUUGUUUGCCAAUAAAUAGCUUUAC